AGGACAGGUACAACACUGAACACAAAGGUACAGGUGUAUCAGUCAAUCAGGGGCCCUCUGUAGCGAUUAAUAUUAAUUAACUGUAUGUCUGUAGGCUGGAGUGAUCAAUACUCAAUGAUCAAUACUGGGUGAUCAGUACUCACUGAUCAAUACUCAGUGAUCAACCAACACACGCCACAUUCCAUUACAACAGAACACAGGACUCCAAAUAGGAGCUAACAGGAACUAGCUGCAGCUAACAGGAAGAGUUGCGGCUAACAGGAAAACAUUCAGACGGACGUUGCGUUGCUGUAACGUUUGUUGUGAAAAAAAAGCUAAACUAUGACAUUAAAGUAGUCAGUUAGCCGUUAGCUGCUAGUUCCGGCUAACAAACUGGUACCGGAACUAGCUUCGGUCCCUGCUAGCCGGACACAGGAGGACAUCCUGGCGGCGGCUCUCCGCUCACUGUGCCCGGAGUUAGCUUAGCUGCUAAUGGGCUCCGCGGCUGUAGCACCGCUUCCUGUCCGGGGGCAGCCGAAACAUAAAGCGGAACCUUUGUUUGUGUGCUGUUUCCUCCGGAGUGAUUUAAACAUCGUACAGCAGAGAGGUCCGCUGCAUCGGUAUCGAUCAUUACUGAUUGAUUGAUUAUUGUUUUUCUAUCUGUCUGGCCUACGGGAGGACCAUGAUGCAGUGCGGCUGGCCUCUGUUAGGUCCGCUGCAGUGGAUCCGGUACACCGACAAACAGGUGAAGGUCAAGGCGGGAAAACAAGAGGAGCACCGCGGCUGGAUGGUCACCGUGGACCCGGUGUCCGCCAGUGUGGUCCUGGUGGACUUCAGCGAGGCGGGGGCAUCGGUCCGGGUCGUGAUGGGUCAUGCUGUGGAGGAGGUGGAGGUCCUGCAGGAUGCCGAUGCAGAGACGGUCCAGCGUCUCAGAUCCGCCUUUGUCCUCCCGAAGAGGCCCGGUCUGGGCCCCCAGGAGCUGAGGACCAGGAAGGGGGACGUCCGGUGUUGGUUGGAGAAGAAUCGGGUCCCUGUGGAGGAGGAGGUGGACAAGCUGAAGGUGGCAAAGGUCCUGACGAUCACUGCCCCCUACGGACCGGAGGACUGCUGCAGCUCCAACCAGAUCAUCCUGGACCGCAUCCAGAGACUGAUCCGGAUCAAACCGGGUCAUCCUGGACCGCAUCCUGAGACUGAUCCGGAUGAGAGAUUUUGAACAGUUUAUCUUCUGAUAAUGAAUCAAUAAUGAAUCUUUGAUAAAAUCAAACCUGAAUCAAAA